GGUAAAAGAAAAAAACAAUCUUGUAAUCAAUAUCUCAUCUUAUGAACUUACCCAUUCUGAACUUAACCUCUUGAAUAAUGGUUUAGGUUUUGUACCCACCUAUCAAAUAGACUAUUUUGAUUGGGAAAUAGACUUUCAUAAAUUCACUCGUACUUUGAAAUUGAAAAUGUGUUUUCCUGAUAAUCCCACUGUGUUGCCCCUAGGGGCUGAUAAAUUUAAGAAAAAAAGUACUUUUGUGCCAGAUAUUAACUGUGAGGCUCUAACUGCUUUUGAACAAGUGGUGAGUAAUGAAGUCAGAAAAUUGUGGGACCAUCAGGGUAAAAAUAUAACAAACUUGUCACAUGAUGAAAAAUUAGCACUGAACUCCCUAAAAAAUAAUGAUAAAAUUGUAAUUAAAAAAGCGGAUAAGGGUGGUGCAAUUGUCAUCAUGGACAAGGAUGGUUAUAAGAGAGAAGUAAUAAGACAACUUACCACACCUGGACAUUAUCAAAGAAUUGACAAGGACCCUGUGUUUGAUAUUCAGAGAGAAGUCUCUAACCUAGUGAGAGAAGCGUUCAAUAAUGAUACAAUUAAGAAAAGCACGAUGGAAUACUUAAUGAUUGAACAUCCCCGUACUCCAGUGCUGUACGUUUUACCAAAAAUUCAUAAGUCAAUGAUUGACCCCCCAGGGCGUCCUAUUGUUUCAGGUGUGGGAUCAGUCUUAGAACCACUCUCAAAGUUUGUGGACUCAUACUUACAGCCACUAGUGCAAAAUAUCAAUACUUGUUUGAAAGAUACCAACGACUUACUGAAACGAUUAAAUCAAAUAUCUGUACUAGAUAAGGAUGUAAGUUUGUGUAGUAUUGAUAUUGUAAGCCUGUAUACCUCUAUACCCCAAGACGAUGGUCUAAAGUGUAUAGAGGAAAUACUGCUUGAAACAAACUUGCCAAAUGAUUUAAUAUUUUUUCUGUUAGACUGCCUCAAUCUAGUCCUCAAAAAAAACUAUUUCAGAUUUGAAGAAGAGUACUACUGGCAGCGCCAGGGUACGUCAAUGGGCGCUGCGGUAGCACCUUCUUUCGCUAAUUUAUACGUCCACAUGCUAGAGAAAGCCUUGUUUUUUAAACAUAAAUACAGUGCCAAUAUCGAACUGUAUUUAAGGUAUGUGGACGAUAUAUUAGUGAUAUGGAAAGGAGAUGUUUCCCUCUUCCACGAAAUGAUAGCUGAGGCUAAUAUUGGACACCCAACCAUUAAGUUUACGACAGAGACCUCAAAGACCAGUAUAAAUUUUCUUGACGUAAAAAUAGGGAUAGGGGAUGGUUCAUUGACUACAGAUCUGUAUAGGAAACCUACGGAUAAAAAUAACCUAUUAAAAGCUACCAGCUUUCAUUACCCAAGAUGUAUCACUGGGAUUCCGAAAGGUCAAUUUCAAAGAGCUAGAAGGAUUGCAUCAAGUGAGGAAAGGUAUUGGGAGGCAGCAGGGACCCUAGUGGACAGAUUUAAAGCUAAAGGAUAUAAAGAAAAAUCCCUGAUAGAUACAGCUAAUGAAGUGAGCAAAGUUUCUAGGGAGAUUUUACUUACACAGAGCCCACAGAAAAAAGGGAUAAGUACCCAGCCAAGGAUCCCCUUUGUCAGUAAGUAUGCCAAACAAAGUAGGGCAAUUGAACGUAUCAUUAACAGGUUUUGGCCAAUACUUCUGAAUGACAAAAAUUUGGGUAAAAAAUGUUCGGAACCACCAUUGUUUAGUUACAAAAGAGGGUCUACUUUAAAAGAUAUACUAUGCCCCGCAGAAUCAAAGGAGGUAAAAAGGAUGGAUAGGAUUUUUAAGAGCUCUCCAAAUAUAGGGACUUUCCCUUGUUUAAAUUGCAUCUGUUGCCAUUCGAUUAUUAAAGGGGGAGUAGUACAACAUCCAACUAAAGGCUUCAAUAUUAAGUUACAUCAUUUCGCCACGUGUAACACAGAAUGUGUAGUGUACAUGCUGAAAUGCCCAUGUGGUAAAGUAUAUGUUGGGCAGACAUGCAGAGCAAUUAAAGAAAGAAUAAAAGAACAUAGAGGGAAUAUUAAAAAUUUUAAGGCAAAUACAUACACAGACACCCCAGUGUCUCGACAUUUUAACCAAAAUAGACAUAGUAUGUCACAAUUGAAAUGGUUGGUGUUAGAUGUGAUUCAGAGACCACGGAGGGGGGGAGACAUCAAGAAAUUACUUUUACAAAGGGAAGCCAUAUGGAUAAAGAAACUGUGUGCGCUGGAUCCGUUAGGUCUGAAUGACAAAUGGAGUAUAGCCUGUUUUCUAUAGUAGGGUGAAUUUAAUAAAUCUUCUUUUUUUGACAGAUAGUGCUACCUGAAUAUGAACUGAAAUCUACAGUUAGGGAAAAUACCCGUGCACAGUUCACCCUGGUGUAUAAUGUGGAUGGAUUCAAUUAUAUUUUGAUAUGGACUUUGAUGUGUUAACGAAAACAUGGACUGGAAUUUUGUCGACUGGCUAGGCUGCAAAACCCUCCCAGCAGUAGCUGGUUUGUCCAAUGUGAUGUGUGGGGUGGGGUUUAUACUUGUAUUUAAUGAUGUACCACAGAGCAGUUUUUCACACUUGAUAAAGAGCUUUUAAGCUCGAAACAUGUCGUGUAUUCAAUAAAAGCACCUUGCAGCAGUA